CGUUGCCACUCGCCUUCCCCGGUUCUCCCCUCCACGAGACCCCCGUGCCGUGCCCCACUGGCCCUGGCAGCCGAAGGGCACCAAAGCCCCACGGCCACGGGACCCGACCAACCCAACCCGGCUAGCGAAACCACCAUCCGCUCCUCGCAUCGCAGGCAGCCAGGCAGCACGGCCAGGACCACCAACGCGCGCACCGUCAUUCGUCGGAGUACCUCGCCCCGUGAAGCACCGCCCGUCCUCUGGUGCACGUAGGGACGCAGGGUUUGAGGCAGGGGCGAAGGGGAUCGCCACCCAUGGAAGCUGCCGCGGCGGUGGCGGCGGCCGUCCGUGGCGGGUCGCUCGUGCGAUCCCGGGUCUCGCUUGGUCACAGGGCGCGGGGGCAGCAGGGCGUCGUGGGCGCUGGCCUCGCCGCGGCCGGCCGCCGGAGGGCGCUCGUCGCCGUGGCCUCGAUACCGGAGCCGCUCCUGUCGCGCGCGCAGGAGGGCGCCGUGGCAGGGGCGCCACAGGCUGAUGAUGAUGAGGUCCAUGGGGGUGAGGCUGCUGCUACUGAAACCUCGUCUCCCGAAGUUGGUGCUGGUAAGACAGUGCGUGUCAGAUUUGUGCUAAAGAAGCAGUGUCCGUUCGGCCAGAGCUUCCACCUCGUGGGCGACGACCCGGCGCUCGGCCUCUGGGAUCCUUCAAAGGCGGUUGCUUUGCAGUGGGCGGAUGGCCACGACUGGAUCGUAGAGAAAGAUGUGCCAGCCAACAAGCUGAUUGAGUUCAAGUUCUUGCUGCAAGAUUCAUCGGGAAAGUUGCACUGGCAGAAUGGGUCUAAUAGAAGGUUACAAACAAGUGAGACUGCAAACACAUUGGUCGUCUAUGAAGAUUGGGGUGACGUGAAGAAACAGAAAAUAGCAGAGGAGGGAGAGGCGUUGAUUGGGAUGGAGGAAGCAGUUAUUUCAGAUGACAGUGAAAGCAGAAAGGAUAUUGUUUUAGAAGAUGCGCUCCAAAUGGAUGAUAAUCAGGUGGUCAAUGAAGAUGAAUCCAUUGUAGGCGUGGAUGACGAGAAGUCAGCCGUUGCCACAGACGCUUUUGUUCAAGGGGAAUCGGUGAAGGAAAAUGAAGCUAAGCCACAAGAGCCAAUGCUCCAUGAAGAACUGAAAAUUCUAGACGAGCUUCAUGAAAAAGAAUAUAUCGAGCACGGCAGUGCUUCAUGUGCUGAUGAGAGUUAUGCUGAAAAAACAGAAGAUAAUACCUUGUCUGAGGAUGGUGUUCGGGUUGAGAAUGGUUUGACCAGUGCUUACGAACAUAAUUUGCUUUGGGGUUGGAAAGCCCUGCAGCAGCUGCUGAUGAGCCUGGGCUUCAAAAUGGAUGCUACAUGAAAGAAGCAUAACCUACUGCUGUAUAUAUGUGCGUGUUGCAGCUUGGAUGCAUCUGUGUUGUUUGGAAGAUCGUCUAUUUCACCACUGAGGAGACUGCCUUUCUGGACUGUAAUGGAAAAGGCUAGCACUCUAGCAGCUACUGGUAUUGUAUGUAUAUAUUCUUUUUUCCAGAAGUGCUGGAUGAUAGAACUAGUUAUCAAUAAUCGAGCAUCAGUUGUUGUGGAAACUUAUCCCAUCAACUCGCUGAA